ACCAAGAUAGCAAUGGAUUAUGCGCUUCUUGGAUCGGCAUUCUAGGAUUUCUCUAAGGAGGCUUGGCGGCUGGGGAUUUCGAUCUCGCAUCGGCCAAGUACCAGCAGCGAGCAGGAGCUUCGUGGUGACAAUGUCGGACAGGUUCUUCUUGAAUAAUCUCGCGGAUUACUCCGAGAAGGAGGAGGCAAAUGUCCAAGAAAUCCUCGAGAGCGGCAAGGAGAUUCCAAGGACUGCCGAAGGCUACAGCGUCAAUCUCGCCGCGCCGUUCCGGCAUCCACAUCUAGCUUCGCCGGAGAAGCUUCUCAAAUCCGCCCUGGCCUUGAAGGACGAGAUCGUCCAAGUAACUUGGGGACCGUUGCUUGAUCGUUCCUUUCUUCGGGUGCAGGGGCCUAUUGUUGAUGCUAUUUUAGCUGCUGGCCGAGCAGGGGCAUCUCAAAGCUCUUGUCCUCUCAUGUAUCAAUGGCAUGGUACAAGAUAUUGGGGCGCUGCUCACGGUCUGGCAGGGAUAAUGUACGUCCUGAUGCAUUUCCCUUUGUCAGCAAGGGAUGCUGCAGAUGUGAAAGAAACGCUGCUCUACAUGAUAGCCAACAGGUUUCAGUCUGGAAACUAUCCAUCCAGUGACGGCAAUCAACGGGACAAGUUGAUCCACUGGUGUCAUGGUGCACCUGGAAUCUGCCUCACGCUGUGCAAAGCUGCCAAGGUGUUUCCUGAGCCUGUAUUUCGGGAAGCCGCUGUUGCUGCUGGAGAGCUCAUCUGGAAGAAGGGCCUUUUACGACGAGUUGGACUCUGCCAUGGGGUCAGUGGCAACACAUAUCCAUUUCUGGCUCUUUACCGGCUUACUGGGGAUAGGAAGCAUCUUUUCCGUGCUCGGUCAUUCGCCACCUUCUUGUGCAACCAAGGCAGAGAGCUUAUUGACUCGGGGGACAUGCACGGUGGGGAUCACCCAUACUCCUUGUUUGAAGGACUUGCAGGAACGGCCUUUCUUUGGCUCGACUUGCAGCGUCCUGAGGAAGCGAGAUUUCCCGGUUACGAGCUGUAGUGGAAGGAACAGGUUGUAUGUAACAUAGUAGGCAGCAGUUUGUUUAUUUAUGUCAACGAUAACGUGGUGGUGA